CGUCCCUCGUUUCCAUUGCCAGCAUUGUUACGAAGUACACCUUCCUUUCCUUUACAGCAAAAGGGGUAGAUCUCUGUUACCGUCUCCAGAAUAGCUUGAGAAAAAAAAUGGGGCUGUCUUUCACCAAGCUUUUCAGUCGUCUCUUUGCUAAGAAAGAGAUGCGUAUACUCAUGGUGGGUCUUGAUGCCGCUGGUAAGACCACCAUUCUCUACAAGCUCAAGUUGGGAGAAAUAGUCACCACAAUUCCUACCAUUGGAUUUAAUGUGGAGACUGUGGAAUAUAAGAAUAUCAGCUUCACUGUCUGGGAUGUUGGUGGCCAGGACAAGAUCCGUCCUUUGUGGAGACAUUACUUCCAAAAUACCCAAGGACUCAUAUUUGUGGUUGAUAGCAACGACCGAGACCGUGUAGCUGAAGCUAGGGAUGAGCUGCACAGAAUGUUAAAUGAGGAUGAGUUGAGGGAUGCCGUGCUGCUGGUGUUUGCAAACAAGCAAGAUCUUCCAAACGCCAUGAAUGCUGCUGAGAUAACUGAUAAGCUUGGCCUUCACUCCCUCCGUCAACGCCACUGGUAUAUCCAGAGCACAUGUGCCACUUCUGGUGAAGGGCUCUAUGAGGGACUUGACUGGCUCUCAAACAAUAUUGCCAACAAGACAUAGAUGGCUUGAUUCUUGAGUUUCAGGUUGCAGCAACUGCAGAAGCAUUUUUCUGAUGUUCUGGAUCUUGCUUCCCUGUUUAGCAUAACCUAUUCUACCAUGUUUAUGGUUUCCCUUGCAGACUUUCUCGUUGUUACCUGUAGUUUCAGAAUAAUUCUUAAAAAAAUUCUUUCUCAUGGUAUUACCCCAAUAGAAUUGUUUUUACUAUUGUUCGGUGAAUUUAACAACAAACAUUCAUCUUUUGUUCGAAACUGUAGAGCAAUAUAAUUCUGCUGUGGUUGGUUA